AUAGACCUGCAUUUGUGUUCUGUGGUAAUCACAGUAGAAGCAGUGGACGAAGAUGAUCCAAAACCUCAGACACAAAACGUGUUCAGCACUCAAUCUCAACCACGUGUCGAACAUCAUCGGAAUCAUCAAUCACUAUUUGCACCAUCAAACUUUCACAACCAACUUUUCGUCAUCAUCUCUCACCCAAAACAUUUCCCAAACCAACUUCCUAAUUGCCUUGCAUGUUCGCCGAGGCGAUCCUGUCUCUGCAUGGAUCCUCUUCCACUCUCUACAUCGCGCGCAUGCCGACGUUGACGCGUAUACCUUCACCUCUGUCUUGCGCGCUUGUACUCUCUUGCAUAUCUCUCAACUCGGGACACAAGUCCAUGCCCAAAUGGUAAAAACCGGUGCUGAUUCCGGCACCGUCGCGAAAACCUCGCUGGUGGAUAUGUACUCCAAGUGCGGGUCUUUGGACGAAGCAGUGAGGGUGUUUGACGAAAUGGGUCAGCGAGAUGUUGUCGCUUGGAACGCUUUGCUUUCGUGUUUUUUGCGGUGUGAUCUUCCUGUUGAGGCUGUUGGGGUUCUUAGGGCGAUGGGGAGGGAGAAUGUUGAGCUUAGUGAGUUUACUUUGUGUUCUGCGUUGAAGUCUUGUGCUUCUUUGAAGGCGUUGGAGCUUGGAAGGCAGGUUCAUGGUUUGGUGGUGUGUAUGGGGCGUGAUAUGGUUGUUUUGAGCACUGCUCUUAUUGAUUUUUACUCCAGUGUUGGGUGUGUUGAUGAUGCUUUGAAGGUGUUUUGCAGUUUGAAGGGUUGGAAGGAUGAUAUGAUGUAUAACUCGUUGGUUUCUGGUUGUGUUAGGAAUAGGAGGUAUGGCGAGGCAUUUAGAGUUAUGGGCUUGGUGAGACCCAAUGCUGUGGCGCUUACCAGUGCUCUGGUGGGGUGCUCUGAGAAUUUGGAUUUGUGGGCAGGGAAGCAGAUGCACUCUGUUGCGGUUCGGCAGGGUUUUACUCGUGAGACUCAGCUGUGUAAUGCCCUGUUGGAUAUGUAUGCGAAAUGUGGAAAGGUUUCGCUUGCCCAGUCGUUGUUUGAUGGAAUUUGUGAGAAAGAUGUGAUUUCCUGGACUUGUAUGAUUGAUGCGUAUGGAAGAAAUGGGCGUGGGCGUGAAGCUGUUUUGCUGUUUCAGGAGAUGAGGAAAGAAGGGGGGAAGGUGUUGCCGAACUCCGUCACUUUUUUGUCUGUUUUAUCGGCUUGUGGUCACUCUGGACUGGUGGAGGAAGGCGAAAAAUGUUUCAAAUUGUUGAGGGAGAAGUACGGUCUUGAACCAGAUCCAGAGCACUAUGCUUGUUACAUAGAUAUCUUAGGCCGGGCGGGUAACAUAGAAGGGGUAUGGUCUGCGUAUCACAAUAUGGUUGAGCACGGUACUAGGCCUACUGCAGGAAUAUGGGUAGCAUUGUUGAAUGCCUGCAGUCUUAAUCAGGAUGUUGAAAGAGGUGAAUUGGCUGCGAAGCAUCUCUUGCAGUUGGAACCCAAUAAAUCUAGCUAUGUUGUUCUUGUAUCAAACUUCUAUGCAGCCAUUGGCAGGUGGGAUCGUGUUGAUGAACUGAGAAGCAUCAUGAGGACAAAAGGGUUGGUCAAGGAAGCUGGAAAUAGUUGGAUCAAUGUUCUGGGCUUGAACCAACAUGCUAGGUCACUAUCUGUUUGAUUGUUCAGCAAGACGGAUGACGCUUUACUGUUAUUGGGAGAUUUCUGGUGUGCUUGCCAAUAUAAAAGCAUCAAUAGCUACAUUUGAUCCGGCAGUGCGUAUCUAUCUACCCUCAUUCUUUUAGAUCAUUGGCUAGCAUUGGAUGUCCACAGAUCAACCAGUAAGAGGCUAUGGUGGGAACUUACUAAGGCAAUAGGUACCAGUCAGAACCUACAAAGGCAAUAGGGUACCGGUCAGAACUUACAAAGGCUAAUUGGUCUCGAAACACGACCUGAAUCAAAAUAGAAACUUACUACACAGAUGUUUCUUAAUAUUUGGCAUGGAGCUUGCAAGUUCUCCUUCUAAAUCUAAUGCAUUCACACCAUGUUUAUGAGAUUCCAUUUGUGUUCCGAGGUCUUGCAGUUAUUCCGCUGGCAGUUAGCCAAUCUCAUGAUAUAUAUUCUAUAAGAAUUUAUCCAUUUUGAUGAAUCAGGGGUUGCAAAAGAGGCAUCUAAGUUCCAAGUACAGUGGUAAUUUCACUGCUGCAGUAUCAAAUAAAGAGCAAUCCAUUAGGAAGUCUGGAGCUCCACAAUUCCUUCUUACAUUAUAAGGCUCCAAUCAAGAGUACCUGUCUGUCGAUAUCAAGAAAUAGCCAGAAAAUGACAGGAAAUCUGUAGAAUUACUGCUUCUUUUCAUUUUAGUUGCAAAUCGGAAGAGGGGUCGACCUCAAAUGAGAUAUUCUUGUGGGUUUUUCUUUUUGAAUAUCUGUGAACCAGUGACCAGCCAUCUUUAUGGUGCGCAACACAUGCAGAUCUGUGACUAGGAUGGGGUUAUAUCAAAGAUGUGAAAACUUUGCAAGAAAUAACAUCAUUUGUGUGAACAUCAAGAACUGCUUAUUAUUGUUUAAAUUAAAUGUGGUAGCUGAAGUUAGAGAUUCCGCAUAUUCAAGCGCAUCUCCUGUGAAAUACCACAACAAACUAUGCCAGCCCUUUGUUUAAAUAUGGUAACUAUGCACAUGUGCUCAGAAUUUUUAUGCCUUCAAUUCAUCCUUUGAGUGCAAUAUGCUUUAUUUGAGUAGUCGACGUUUCUUCUAUACUUUGAUACCUUUUACUUUACUUUUAGUAAACAAUAGGAAUAGUUUGGUGCGUUUUUGCAACUUCAGCUAGGUAAUGGAAGGAACCACAUACAGAAUAUAUACCAAAGACGUAGCAGGAUUGUGUGUUUGCUUUCACUUUAUACCCUUUCUUUCCACAU